AUGACCGAUCCCGUUGAGAAUUUCAUUCGGUCUGCCGAAGACCUGACGGCCUCAAUCGAGAACAUGAACGAAGAUGAUCGGGCAAGAGUGCUGCAAAAGCUGUAUGAGACCACCACCAAAGUCGAGUCCCCGUGGGACACGUUCCCUGCUACGAUUGCUGCGCUCAAAGUCCUCAACGAUCUGAGACUUCUAGAGAAAUGGCAAGCAAAGGGCAACGUGGCAAUGUCAGAAAUCGAGCUCGCUGAGCUCGCCGGAGGCAGUUGCGAUGCAGCUCUACUUCGUGAGCAGUUGAUUGUCUUCUUGGCGCGCAGAGAAGAACUGACGGGAACAGACCGAUUACUCCGUCUUCUAGCAUCCAACAACCUGGUCGAUAUGAUGCCCGACGGUAAAUUCAAGCCGGACAAGUUUUGUGUUCGCUUGGCGGACACAGACUUUGGAACAACGGCGCACUUCUAUUUUGACUACAUGGUGCCUACUCUAAGCCACAUGCCCAAGUACCUAGCGAAAACCCACUACUUGAACCCUCGAAACGGCCGCAAAACCAUGUUCGACUCGGCUUUCGGAUAUGAAGGCGGUCUCUUCAAGUAUCUCCAAGAGAACCCCGAGAAAGGACAAGCAUUCAACAUUCUCCAGAAGACCUCGACAUCUAGCCACACUCGUUGGACUGAAAUCUUUCCUCCUCACAUUCUCUUGGACUCAGACCCAACACUUCCGCUCCUCGUUGACGUGGGAGGAAGUAUCGGACAGGACAUCCAGGCCUUCUACGAGAAGCACCCCGAGACUGCUUCAAGAUUGUAUCUGGAGGAUAUUCCUUCCGUGAUUGCCGACGAGAACUCUUCCGUUGUGAAGGGAAUAAAUAAGCUGACAUACAACUUCUUCAAGCCUCAACCAAUCAAGCACGCGCGUGCAUACUACAUGCAUCACAUUCUUCAUGACUGGCCGGACCAGACGGUGCUGAAGAUUCUCGAGAUGCAGAAAAGUGCCAUGAAGCCUGGCUACAGCAAACUUCUCAUUCACGACCACAUUAUCGAUGACGACAAGCCGCCUCAUCCGCACGCCGCUGGCUACGACAUACUUAUGAUGGUACUUGGAUCUGCCCAAGAGAGAACGGAGAAGCAAUGGAGAUCGUUGAUGGACGCAGCUGGUCUCAGAAUUGUCAAGAUUUGGAGAACUGCCUCGGCGGUUCAAGGUGUCAUCGAAGUGGAAUUACCGGUCAAAGGCUCGCAUCUCUAA